AUGGUGAACACUCAUAAGGGAACCUAUGCUGACAAGUCCUCUAAAGAAGUGCUUAAAGCCUCGAGUUCAAGAGCAACUGUGCAUGGUAUACGAGUUUAUAGGAGGCGCUUUAAAAGUACUCCGCCAGAGAGACCUUAUAGAAUUCCUUCUAAGAAAGCACAUGCAGACAUUGCUAGUGGUUCGACUAAAUCGGUACAUGAAGAAAUAGUUUCUGGGAAUGUUAUGAAAGAUGCUGAAACUGCACCAACUGUAUCUGAGGAUCAUCUCUCUGCCAUGGACUCUAAUGACCUAGAUGAUGUUCCUCUAGCCCGAUUAAUGAAGAAGGUUGCUGCACCUGAUGUUGUUUCUGAAAAAUCUGCUGAUCAUGCCUUGUCUGAUCAUACUCAGGAGAGUUCAUCGUCUGAGGACAUUGUUGCUUUGUCUGAUUCACAUGCUACUCCGCCUGUUGCAUCUAGCGUACUCGAAGAAGAAACUGAAGCUCGGAGUGAAGAAACCCCUUUUGAUAAUGUCGAUGAUGUUGAGCCUGUUGCCCCUGGUGAUCAUAAUGACGAAGUUUCUGUUACUGAUACUGUCGAUCUAAGUGCUCAACAAGAAACUCCAUCAGUUCCUACAGAACCAAAGCCAUCUAGGAAGAAAGGUCAACAAAUUCGACGAAACAUUACUACCAAAGCUGGUAGAAAGAAAAGUCCUCUCAAUAUUCCAUCAAUCCCAAUUGAUGGUAUAUCAUUUCAUCUUGAGGAAAACGUACAACGUUGGAAAUUUAUUGUGCAACGGAGGAUGGCAGACGAGGUAAAUAUUUCAGACAAACAUCAUUCAUGUGUGAGUAUUAUGAAUCUGAUUGAGAAGGCUGGAUUGUUUACAACUAUUUCGGAUGUGGGCCCGUUUUAUCCUCAACUUAUUAGAGAAUUUAUAGUUAAUUUGCCAGCUAAUUUCAAUGACCCUAGUAGCCUGGAUUAUCAGACGAUUCAUAUUAAGGGCUUUAAAUUUACAAUUUCUCCUACUGUGAUAAAUGGUUUUCUGGGAAAUGUUGUUUCAAUUAACUUUUCUCCAUCAUCCUCGUCAACUGAUAUUUUGGCUUCUGUAUUGUCUGGAGGGAUAUUAUCCUCGUGGCCUGUGAAUGGUAUACCUGCAGUUGCUCUAAGUGUUAAGUAUGUCAUACUGCAUAAGAUUGAUAUUGCCAAUUGGUUUCCUUCAUCCCAUGCCUCUAGUGUUUUUGCUGCGUUAGGCACAUUUUUGUAUUGCAUCUACAAUGAUGACAGGGUAGACGCUGGUGCAUUUAUCGAUAAUCAACUGUUAAGGCAUGUUGGAUCAUUUGGGGUCAAGCUUCCGAUUGCUCUACCAAGGUUCUUUUUCGGUUUACUGCUCCACUUAAAUCGGUUUACUGCCUCGGAUGCAUCUGGUCUUGAUCCUAAGACAUUAGCACUAAGCUACAGACUCUUUCAGAACAGUCAUGUGCCUGACAUAGAUCAUUAUGUGCAUUCGUCUCGAGGGCCUCGAUUGUUUGAUACGGCAGACUGGGAUGAAGCUACUGAUGGGUUCAUUGUUGAUAGGGAGUUGGCUUCAAGAAUUCUUAAUUUCCUUACAACUGAGUCUCGUUCGCUAUUUACUGUCAUUAGUCUGAUGUCUGAACGACGUUUGGAAAUCAAUUCUCUUAUUCGUCAUCUGAAGACUUUUGCUCCAUCCUCAUUGAAGGGACCCCAGUGCUGA